AUGGAUGACAAAAGUAGGACCGAUUUAAAGGCAAAAAGACAGCUGAAAUUGAAAAAGUUAGUGAAGCUACCCAUACUUAAAAAACUGUUAAUCGAUAAUUCUGCACAGCAAGGCCCUUCAGUUGGACCAGUAUUUGAUCAAUUAUUUUCACCAGCAGACAACUUAAGAGAAUCGUCUGCUACUUCACAAAAAAGUCUUAUUCAACAAACUCAGGGUCAAAUUGUACCAGUUGGUCGUGAAUAUUUGAUUGAAGGAAAUCGACAACAAAUGAUCCCUGUUACAGAAUAUCCAAAUACUGUGGUUGAACUUAAAGACAGUGGAGUUGAUUUAAAUCAGCAAUCAGUUUCAAGUAAAAAAGAUUCUGAAUCAAAAGACUUGGAUAUGAUAAAUUUAUCUAAGUUUUUAAAUGAAGAACCAUCACAAAAUGUUGAACCACCUUUCAUUAAUGUUCAAUCGAAAUACAUAAAAAAUGGCGAACAAAAAAAAAUUAAAAAUCCUUUCAGUGAGAAUAAUCCAAAUCAAAAAUAUACAAUGAAAUAUAAAAAUGAUACUACUGAUACAUUGUUAACUUUAGCAACUGCUACUCUUGAUCAAGUACCGCCUACUAAUGGGUCUGCAGAUAGUUCUAUAGCAAAACCCACACAGCCAACAGUACAUGCUGAACAAGAAAUACCUGCUUGGUGUGAUGUUGGUAUAUUUAAGGGUACUGCAUGCAUGGUGAAACAGUUUUACUCAACUUCAAUUACUGAUGAACAUGAAUUUACUAACUUAGAUCAUUUACCAGACUAUACAAAUAAAUUAAAAAUUGAUAUCCAACCAGGUACGGCUUAUAAAUUCCGUAUAGCUGCCAUAAAUAGUUGUGGUCGUGGAGAAUGGAGUGAAAUAUCGGCAUUCAAGACUUGUUUGCCAGGUUAUCCAAGCAUUCCAUCUGCUAUUAAAAUAACAAAAGCGCCGGAUGGUGCCAUUAUAACAUGGAAUGAUCAAUCUACAUAUUCUGAUAAAAUUUUAGAUUAUACUGUUUGUAUGGCAAUCGAAAACCCUGAAGAAGGGACAUCACAAAACCCAAAACCAACUACAACAAAUUUUAAUUUUGUUCGUGUAUAUUGUGGACCUCAAAAUGUAGCUCUGGUUAGUCAUGAAUCACUAGGUGCAGCUUUUAUUGACAGAACUAAUAAACCUUCUAUUAUAUUUCGAGUUAUUGCGAAAAAUGAAAAAGGAUAUGGACCAGCUUUGCAAGUUAGGUGGUUACAAGAUGACAGUGAGCUUGGAUUAAAUGAGAACCUGACAAUGAAAAAAAGAAAAUAG